ACGAAGAAGAAUAAUAAUAAUACUUACAGUCCCACAGGUGGCGCUGUGACUCGAACAGAACUGUGCGUCUCAUUCUACUGUAUUUGUGCUGUUGCUUUUUAAUGCUGACUGCUGGAGAGUGUUGGUAAUUAUCUGGUGGCUAAGUGACAUUUCAGGGCAUAUUGGAGUUGUGAUCAACACCAAUCAUCAUGAGUAAUACUACCCAGAGGAAAAGACGAACAGCAUCUUCCACUGCAUGUUCCCACCGUGUCAGCAGAAAGAGAAACCGGACCCAGGUGUCUCAGAUAGCAAUGGAGACUAUUGAUGUGCUGGAAAGUGACAGAACUAACAGUGAAGAUGUGGUAGAUUUAACUUGUGAAGGGUCUGAACCUGCGGUUGUUGACCUCACCAAUAAUGAUUCUAUUGUGGUUGUGGAAGAUGGUGUGCAAAGCAGACGUGGACAGGGCACAGAGAGUUACGUACUGAGCAGUGAUGAAGAGGAGGAGUCCAGUCUCAGACUUAGUCCGGGUUUACUGUCCUCUCUACAUGCCAGCUCACAGGCCAGGUCUACACCAGGUGCUGUUAGCUGUCCUGUUUGCAUGGAUGCUUAUUCAGAGAUCAUUGACAGUGGUCGGCUCAUGGUCUCCACAAAGUGCGGCCACCUUUUCUGCAGUCAGUGCAUCCGCGACUCUCUCAGCCGAGCUCACAGCUGCCCUACAUGUAGAAAGAAACUCACACAAAAACAAUAUCACCCAAUAUAUAUCUAAUGGUAAGACAAGCAACUUGCUGGGAUCAGCUGAAUGCAUCUCAAAAGUUCUGCAGUUUGUUCUCAUCAAACAACUGCACAGCUCCAUGUUUUCACUGGCUGUUUCGUAUAUUUUACACAUCGGUGCCGAGAUGAUAUUUGGCACAAAAAACAAAUAAAAAAAACAUUGUAUGAUUCUGUUGAAACUGAAAGGGCACUUAGUCUAGGAUUAAGUAUUUUUAAAUUGUGAAUACAAACACUGUUUUGAUGUUCAGGAAAAUUGGAAUAUACUGACAUGGAGUAGUCCGGGUUUGAGGUCUUGGCUGCUAUAAUAAUAAUAUAAUUUAGUUUUUUUGUCAUUUAACUCUGCCCAGUUUGUAGUAUUGAGUAAAAUGGUUAAAGUUAGGGUCCAGUUUGAAUGAAACACGAGUGACCAACCAUCACAGUAUCAUUUAGUGAUAUUAGUUUAGUCUUGAGAUCAAAUGGCUCACUGCUGUGGUGGUCUCUAUUCUUCUUUAGUAAAAUUUGUCAGUGAAAUUUGUGAGCUUUUAGUGAAUGGGGCGCACUGAUGAGGUCGCCCUCCCCCUGUACCUGCUCUCAUUUAUUCGUAUAGCCUUAGUACCAGCCUUGUUAGCUUUAACUGAUGGGAAUUAAUAUUUAGAUUCAUUAUUUGUCAUCAAAUGUAUUGCUGCAUUCGUAUUAAUUUUUGAAGGAACAAUGGAUGCUGGUCAAGACUGCGUAAAUGUCACUUUCAUCUCAGAAGCACUUUUAAACUGGUCAGAGGAUUCUUCCUGACCGUUUAGCAGUGGGUGACUAAAGCUAGCAAGGCUUGUUUGCCAACUUUACAUGUUAAAUGUUGAUAUUUGUAUAUAUUUUCAUGUAUAAAGGACCUGUAAGAGGUGUUAGUAUUGUAAAGACCAUAACAUUUAUUUCAAUAAACGUUUUGAUCACU